AUGGUCAACAACGCGCCCAAAGUGGCUGAAAAGGAGCAUCGCGAGUCACUUGCUGUAGUUGACAAGAAAGUCGAGGCUCUAGCGGCCCAAAUCAAGCAGAGCAAGCACUUCAUCGUUUUUACAGGUGCUGGAGUUUCGACUUCCGCGGGAAUCCCCGACUUUCGCGGUCCAGAGGGCAAUUGGACCCUAAGGGCUCAAGGCAAGCAGCAGACCAACGUUGCCAACACGCUGCAAGCUAUCCCCACCCCGUCUCAUAUGGCCCUUGUCGAGCUGCAGAACCGGGGCGUUUUGAAGCAUCUGAUAAGCCAGAACUGUGAUGGGCUUCAUAGAAGGAGUGGCAUUCUGCCUGAAAUGAUCUCUGAACUACACGGGAACAGCAACCGUGAGUACUGCAAAGACUGUGACAAAGAAUACAUGAGGGACUUCCGCGCCGUCUCGACUUACCAGAGGGGUGACCACGACCACCGCACCGGUCGCAAAUGUGCCCGCUGCGGGGGAACCUUGUUAGACAGCAUCGUCAACUUUGACGAACAGCUGCCCGCCCGAGACCUAAAUCUCGGGUGGGAGAAUGCCCAACAUGCCGAUCUUUGUCUCGUCCUGGGAUCCUCGUUAACCGUGACCCCAGCAAACGGGAUCCCCGAGAUUGUCGGCCAGAAAAAAGGAGCUAAGCUCGCUAUAUGCAAUCUCCAGAGAACACCCAUCGAUGAACUCUGUGACCUUCGCAUAUUUUCCGAGGCAGAUACACUGAUGAUGAAAGUAAUGGAGAAGCUGGACCUGCCAAUCCCACCAUUUAUCCUACGACGGCGUCUUGUGGUCAACGUGGAAACACAGGAAGACGAUCGACACCGGGUUACAGUUACCGGUGUUGACAGUGAUGGGACUCCUGUCACGUUUCUUCAGUCUGUCAGGCUUGAAGGGAGCAGACGUGUAGUGCGCACAGAACCGUAUGUGAUUCAUGUGCGUGAAUCGCUCCGACCUGGUGCGCAGUUGAAGCUCGAUCUUGAAUUCAUGGGGCACUACAAUGAGCCAAAUCUGGAGAUUGUUCAUGAUUAUAAUGGCAACGAAGAUGGCCUCUACAUUCUUGAGUACAACCCGCAGAAUGGAGCAUGGGUUACUAGGAGACAGCAAAGUUCCACUAAUACCGUGGAGAUUACUGAGGUUGAUGUUGCGUUGAAAUAG